AUGCAGUACAAAGUGCUGGCCACAUCGAAUGCGAACCAUGUCGGCUACUUGAUCUCGGAAUUCGAAAGUGUUGCUGGUUAUCCUAUCGAAAAAGCGAUUGAGAAGGAUUUCAACGGUGAUACAAGGAAUCUACUAUUGGUGAGUUUCUGAUU